CGAUUUAGAGCCAAUUUGGCUAUUAGUCUUCCUUGGUGGCGAUAUGAUUUUCAGAUUUGGCGACUGGCUAUUUUCUGGCUACUGAUUACCCCAAUAGGCGAUUUUGCGGCUAUCGUAGCAUUCGUAGCUAGUCUCGCUCUCGGUCCUUGCAAAUACGCUUGGCGCGCGACCGCCGUCUAGCGUCAUCAACGGACUUCCACUAGUCGGGCACUAGUCCCUGUUGCAGUUAGAACACGUGCAAUCUUGCUAGCUAAUUAGAGUCCCGACGCAGUGGUGUCAGGCCGUGGGAUUUUUUCGCGACCGAAGUUGGUGAUGGGGAUACUCGCACAGCGAAAAACACUAGUGAUUUUCGCUGUGCGAGUACUCGCGUCGCGAAAAAAUCCCACGGCCUGACAACACUGGUCCCGACUAUUUUUGGGUGCGUUCCACUUAACGACCGCAACGCCCGCGAGCAUUAUCUGUCUUUGUUUAACUUCAGGCGAACAACAAGGAUGAAAUGAUUCCGCGGGCGUUGCGGUUGUUAAGUGGAACGUACCCUUUGUAAGCUCGAUUGUAUUUUUUUUCAGACAAGACAAAAGAGUCAUGCUUAUCAGUUCUGUUAGAUUUAGAUUCAUAGGAAUCGUUUCAACUGGAAGCAUUUGUUUAAAAAUUGUUUAUAACGAUAAUGAAAAAAUCAAAAGAAGAAAAGGCUGAGAAACCGCAAAAAAUUCGAAUUUUCAAUUACAAUAGUAAUUGGGAAAAAGAAUCGUGGGCACAAGGUUGGCUGACCAAAGCCGAAUAUAACAGAAAUGAUUUAAAUCAAGCCUAUUGCAAAGUUUGCUUUAAAACGCUGCGAGCUCAAGCUAACGAUUUGAAAAAACACAGUGCAGUACCAACUCAUAGUACUGCAAUGAAAAAUGUAAAUAUUAACAUGCAAAAAACUAUUGUCUCAAUGCGCAAUGUGCAAUUCAAGAAAGAAGAAAAAGAGAGAGACUUAAAGAUUGCAGCAUUUAUAGCAUCUCAUACGAGUAUUAGAAAUAUUGAUCACCUCAGCAAUAUUUUAAAAAGUUCAUAUCCAGAGUUCAAGAAUUUUCAAAUGCACCGAACGAAAUGCAGUAACCUCAUCACAAAUGUAAUUGCUCCAAAUAUAUUAACCAACUUAAUAGAAGAUAUUGGUGACAUGGCAUACUCUAUGAUGGUUGACGAAUCUACAGAUGUGUCAGUAACUAAGUAUUUAUGUUUAUGCAUUAAGUAUUUUAGUUGUACAAAAAACCGGAUAGUUACGGAAUAUUUAGGCAUAAUUCAAAUUGAGCAUGCGGAUGCUAAUUCUUUGCACAGCGCAGUUAUUGAGUACAGUAAAGAUAUUGGAUUAAAUUUGUCUAAAAUGAUUGGCUUAGGUACAGAUGGUGGAAGCAAUUUAUGUGGUAAAAAGCAUUCAUUGUUUACACUACUAAGAUCAAAAAAUCCCAAUUUACAGUUAGUAAGAUGUGUUUGUCAUGCAUUGAAUAAUGCUGCAUCGGCUGCUGCUGAGGAAUUCCCAGCUGCAGUAGAAUUUCUUUGCAAAGAAGUGUAUAACUGGUUCAAUAAUAGUAGUGUCAGAAGAUCAGCGUACAAAUUAACUUGGGAUACAAUGAACCAAUGUGACAAAAGUAACAAAAAUGAUUCUCAGAAAGAUUUUCAUAAGUUUGUGAAACUAUCUAGUACCAGAUGGUUAGCUAGAUUCAAUGUCAUAAGAGUAAUUUUAGAACAUUAUUCGGAACUACAAACUCAUUUUAAUUUGGUUGUUGAUACCGAAAAAUGCUAUACCUCAAGACUCCUAUGUCAAAUGUUACAGGAUAAUAGUAACUUUUUAUACCUGACGAUAAUUAAGCCAAUUUUAUAUGAGGUCAAUGAUGUUAACUUAUCCUUUCAACGAGAGAAUGUAGAUCUUGGAUUAGCAUACGACGACUUAAAAGAUUUGAUAAUUUUAUUAGCUGGAAAAAUAAUGAAACCGUCUUUCUUAACAGAUUUAAAUUUGGUUAUCGAAUCUUUAGAUAAUGAAUUAGCAUUCUUACCAGUUAAAGAUGCUGAUUUUGGAAUAGAAUAUUAUGCUGCAUUGACGUCGAUUACUAUAUCUCAAGAAUCUAAAUUUGAAGUUGAAACACGAGCUUAUAAAUACAUUAAGACCUUAUGUGUGCAACUCUCUAGCAGACUACCAACAAAUCUGGCCUUUUAUAAAAAUCUAAAAUCAGUAUCUCCAACAGUGUGUCUAAAUCAAAUACGUCCAAAGUUCAAGAAUUUGCCUCUUCUUAAGCAAUUUGUUGCUCCUGAUAGUUUAGGUCUAAUUGAAAAUCAAUACAAUAAAUUAUUGAGCAUUGAUUGGACUAAAAUUCUCGACGAGAAAGUGCUUGAAAAUAGUUAUGCAUUCUGGCCUGCUUUGUACAAUUUUAAAAAUGCAGGUGGAAAAUUUAUUUUUCGUGAAUUAGCAUUGUUUAUGUUAAAAUUGUUAUCGUUGCCUUCGAGCAACGCAGUAGUCGAGAGAGUGUUUUCAAUAAUGAAUAUUGUCAAAACAAAAAUCAGAAACAGAAUGUUGUUAGUCAUGCUAGAUGCGAUUUUACGAAUUAGAUUACACUUCUAUGCGAAUAAUACUUGUUGUUUUGGUUUUCAACCAACUAAUGAUAUGCUGAAAGAUUUUAAUUACAAAGUUGUGUACAAUUUAAAUGAUGCUGACGUUGAAAAAGUUAUGUAUGAAACUGAAAUCGCAAUUGGUAAAGUAUUAGAAAAUUUUGAAAAUUCAUGUAGCUUAUAAGUAAAAAUUACUUAAUUUCUAGU